GCUCCGGCCCCGCCUCCAGGCCCUCGCUCGCCUCGAGGCUCUUUGCCUAAACCGCCUCCACCGAAGGCCAAGGGCAAAGGCCCGGGCGCCGCUCCGCCGCCCAGCAAGGCCAAAGCGAGAAGCCUAGCAAGGGCAUUUACCGAGUCGGAGAUAACUGGCUUGCGGGACGAUCCGGUUCGCCAUUCUGCCCGUCUCGUGAAUCUGCAUUGGCGAGCAUCGCAGGGACCGCCAGAGGAAACUGAGAUUGACGUUGGCAAAGAUGGGUACCUGCAAGGCAUGGCCAACAUGAUGGACAGGUGGGACCUGGAUCGGACGGACAGGAUGAGGCAAAGUAUCAUGUGCUUCGAGAAUCGCGUCGGCUUAUCAGCUGCCAAGAAGGGAAGCUUUGUCGAGGAGCAGAGCCCGGCUGAGCCAAAGCACGGUUUGCUGGCUUCGGGAAGACGCCGUCGAAGAACUGUGUUCAAUGGCAUUACAGAUGUUCCAGUACCAGAGUUGCAGAGCCACCAGCUAGAGGAAUUCUUCCAAGCUCGUGCUGCAAGUUUCGACAUCGGCGCUCGCGCGUCUUGUGCCACAGAUGUGACCUCGUUGAUAGUUGACAGCACUCAUCAAAGAAUACUGGAUCUGAUGGUGCGCGGGGCUGCAAUUCACAAGCAG